UCAAAGCAAAUUGCAAUAGGUAUUGUUUACAAAUUUUUACUCUUGUCUCUUUCUAAAAACAAAUCUAAACAAUAGUAAAGUAAAAGCAAAUUCAUUUCUUCAUAUACGCGAAUAUGGAUUGAUAAGAAGGUAAAAAAACUGAAAUUGUAAAACCAUUUGCAAACAUGGACAAACUUACUGUUAUAUCCGGAACACUUUUCAUGGCCGCAGAUGUAUUUGCCAUCAUAAGUCUCGCAAUGCCAGAUUGGAUAGUUACCGAUGUAGGAGGUGACACAAGGCUUGGUUUAAUGUGGUCUUGUAUCACACUUUAUAAUCGACCACAAGUAUGCUUCACACCAGAUCUUCAACCGGAAUGGUUGCUGGCAUUAAUUUGCAUUUUCAUUGGCUGUAUCUGUAUAACAACAACAAUCAUAUUACUGGCAUCAAGUCACUUUGAUAGAAAUGUUAUACCCUAUGCUCGGUGGGUAGGAUUUGCUGCAAUGGUUGUUUUCUGUCUCGCCGCAGUUAUAUUUCCAAUGGGAUUUAAUGUUGACGAGAUUGGUGGACAGCCAUACCAACUCCCUAACAGUCACCAAGUUGGUAUAUCUUACAUAUUGUUUGUACUGUCCUUGUGGAUCACUGUGAUAUCUGAAUUGUUUGCUGGCAAAGUAUGUUUGCCACAUUUUUAGGAAUAGACUAGAAUAGCAUUUAAGUUGCAAUGUUAUUACUUAUAUUUACAUAAUGUAUUAUAUUGUAUAGAAUCUCAAAAUCAUUCCAUAUUUUAAUAAAUUGUUAAACUAUAUUAUGCAUUUUGUCAUCUAUUCCACUUUGUUUGUUCUCGUAAUGUUUUAUCCAUCUUUUACAAUAAUUAAAGUUUGUAUUCCAGAAA